AUGGAUGCUUUUGCCCGCUCAUCGUCUCGCCCACGCCCCUCGUCGCGACCUACGACUCCCUUAAGACCCAGUUCCCGGUCAUCGAUCCGCGAAGCUCAUGGCUAUGGCAGCAGUAUUGGUAUGGCAGGCUACACCCAGCCUGCCAUCAAUGCCUUGGAACCCCAGUUUGCAGAGCUUGCAGACUCCAUGGCCGACCUCGAGGCCAACUUCAUGCACCUUCAGCUGAUGCACGAAAGUUUGACUCGGUUCAGUGAGAGCUUUGCCAGUUUCCUCUAUGGAUUGAACAUGAACGCCUUCUGUGUGGACUUUCCGGAGGCGCCCAUUCCAGAGUCUUUCCGGAGAGCCAAGCAAGCAGAGGCACAGAGUGAAGCCGAAGCAGAACAGCUGAAAGCGACCACUGAAGCGGAGAUGACAUUCAUGACUACGGACACUUCUUUCAUCGAACAUCCUUCGAGCACCGUUCCCUCCAAACCUUCGGCCAAAAUCCCGGCCCCGUCGCGUGGCACCACCAGAGGAUCCACGCGUGGUUCGACAAGCAGUCGUUAUGCGACACGGGGCGCCAAUCGCGGCGCCCGUCCAAGCGCAUUGCCCCGCGGACGAGGAUUGCGGUGA